AUGUCCGAUAAACGUGGCCAAGGACGUUCAGAUAUAGUUCAGUCGUCAAGUCUGAUAGAGGUGUUCAUGAUUCUGCUGAUGCGCCCUCUUACAGCCUCCACGUCCGUCUCCCCGCUAUCACCUCCGCGUCCACCAACCCGUCCCGUCUCACCAAGCUCCCGUUCGGAGGACUUCCUCGCAAGUCAUGUUAUCAGGGUGCCCGGCGGAGUCAAGGAUGGGUCGAACUUUAGAGAAAACCGAGGCAAAGCGAAGCAGUACUCGACGGCGAACGGACGCAUUCUGGUGAUAAAGGAUGCGUUCGCCCAACUUCUCGGCGAUGCUAUCUAUUAUCCCGAUUCCUUCGACGCACAGCCAUGGCUGAUCUACUACAUCUCGCGACCGUUGGUUGGCACUUACGAAUCCAUACCCAUCAUAGCCGCUACCAUCUCCGGCAGCCCUACAAAGGAAGCAGCGGCACUGCAGGAUGGAGCGAACGGUGUGAACGGGACCAGCGCAUCAAGCUCCGCUAUGCCACGAAAGACUGAGAUCAAGUCUUUUGGAGAUUUGCUCAAUCAUUUCCCCAUGAUUGCGCGACAAAUGCAACCUGGGCUCAAGAGGCUCUUCGAAGAGUUCGGAAAAGAAUUUGAAAAGCCACUGCCGUCGGUACCAAACAGGCCAUCUCGAUCGUCAUCAUUGAACUCCCUACGCAGAGCAUCAGUGUCUUCUACGGAGAGCCUGCCAACGUCGCUACAGAGCACUAUUUCCCAUGGACCCAAUGACAUUCAUGCUAGCCUUGAUGUUGACGAGGAAGAGGAUUUGAUGAGGCGUUCGCUAGAGACGGCUGUUACAGCCGCUAUAGAUCUCUUUCAGAUGGUUGACAAACAGCAGCUGUCUUUACUUGGCGCGACGACCGAUCUCACUGGACCGCUUGUUGAGCGCAUGAUCGAACGCUACAUCACGGAACAGGUCCAUCAUACAAUCCUUUUCCCAAGGCUUUGCUCUAUUAGAAGGUUUGAUGACUUAGAAUUAGAAGCCAGGAUCCGUCAGAUGGUGGACGUUGAUAUUUCGCAGGUGGGUAUCACUAUUGGCAAUGGACAGAAGGGUAAACGUGAGCUGGCAAUACGACUGUCAAAAGGAGCCGAGAUUUUCAAAAAGAUGGGCGUUGCUGGAGGCCCUCAAGAGAUGGUGGAGAUCUUACUGUCGACCCAGAAGCACAUCACGAUGCCAGACAAGCCUGCCGAUACGUCGAGCUUGAGACUCGACGCCAAUGGGAAAUCAGACUCAGAGAAGGAGGAUCCCAUGCUUACGAUCAACGCCGACACACUUGUCUCACUCCUCUUGAUAGUUGUCAUUCGAUCACCUGUACGGCAUCUCCAGGCACGCUUAUCCUACAUGCGCCACUUCAUCUUUAUAGAUGAUGUGGAAAGCGGAGAGAUGGGCUACGCACUAAGCACAUUCGAAGCUGUCAUAUCGUAUCUGGCGAAAGAUGCUGGUGGUCUGAGGAAAUCAAGCCGCAGAAAUAGGAAACUAUGGGAGGCAACCAUUAAUGGAGACAUUGCCGAAAUGCAAAGUGUCUUAGAACCGGAUAGGUCUUUAGACUCUGAAGAGCACCAGCCUAACGAAGACGAGUCUAUUCUAGCCAGACAUGUUAGGUAUAACAAUAGCGACACCGACUUGUUAUCCAUCGGGGGCACUACAUUAAACGGCGAUUAUCAUCGGCACGAAAGACGCCACAGCUCUUCUCAUAGUGAGCGGAGGCUUCAAGCCGGCCCUUUAGCUCAUAUUUUCCCUUUCCAAAGAGCUCCUUCCCCCCCGACGGCAGAACGUCCAAAAGCAAAGAAGAGGGUAUCGAUGGACACCCGAAGUACAUCGAGCUCUUCCAUGUUUUCCUUUAGGUCUCGUACGAACACGAUCGACUCGCACAACAGCGGUAUCGAGGGGGAUACCUCGAUUGAAAGGCUUACUCAGACUCAUAGCCCCGAAGGAGAGUCUGUUUUGAUGAUGGCCGUCGAGAAAAGCCAGGACAAGGCCUUGCACUAUCUCCUGAGCCUGUCUCAGUACUAUUCGCCAGACGCGGUUCUCGAAGAUUGUAGCAACAACGGCACUACCCUGCUCAGUGCUGCGAUCCAGUUGUCGCAUGCCAAGACGACGGACUUGAUCCUAGACUUCGUUCUCGAUAAUUCUCCGAGCGAGAAGGUUGUCAAAGAAUACAUAGUUAUCCAAGACUCCUCGGGCAGAUGCGCCGCACAUUACCUCUUUAACCAACCACGCCUGAUAUCCCGAAUUGGCCAUCUAGUACCAUGGAGACUAAAAGACAAGAAUGGCCAAACACCACUUUUCGCCUUGUGCAGAUCGUACGAUCACGAUGAGUACCGUUGGAUGAUUAACGCCGCUAUCAACUCGGCGACAGACGCCCAAGGCGAUGGCCAGAAGCUGCACCUCGACGAACAUAUCGAUGCUAAGGGCAACACACUCCUCCAUAUCAUCAACGAUCCGGCCAUUGCUAUAAGGCUAUUAUAUCAAGACACGGACGUGAACGCCCCUAACGAUAAGCAUUUCACACCGUUGAUGGUUGCGAGCAAGUAUGGACGGACGGAGCUCGUGCGGCAAUUAUUUCAAGACGCCCGAGUCGACCCCUCUGUCAAAGACGUGCGGGGCCUAACAGCUGUAGAGCUUGCUAAAGAUGACGAUGUUCGAAAUCGCAUUGAUGAUCUCGUUCUUCUUCAAAGCGAACCAACUUCGGAUGGACGCAUUACUACAGUUGUUCGUUCAUUCUUUGUAGAGGAUGGAACUGUGCGACUGGUCCUGAAGUCCGGUGCACCGAACGACAACUCCACUAUCACGGUUACCACAUGCCGGAGAUCCCUAGUCGAUUUCGAGAAUCUCGCAAAAUGGUUAGCCCAAGAACAUCCAGCGUCCUGGCUUCCCUCCAUUGCAAAUUUGCCAUCGCCGUUCCUGAUACCCUCAAGACCGUCCCGCGCCAUCCUCCGAGACAUUCAAAUCCGCCUAGAUUCGUUCCUCAAGCUACUCCUCACCCAUUCCACCUUCUCCACCCACGAGAUGGUAUGGGAAUUCUUCCUCGUCCCCGACAUGGAACCCUCACUGCUCCAAGAACGCUCCUCCCGCAAGUCCGAAAUCCGCGCCGAGCACGUGCGCGACGAAUACAGUCCCGUCCGCGACGUCCGCGAAGUCGAGCUCUUUGUGCAAUACGCCCGCGAAUCCGUCCGCUCGGUUCACCACUCCACGAAAUCGAUCCUCCGCCGCACAACUAAACUGCGCACGGCGUCUACUGACCUCACGGAUGCUGCGAGUAUCUCGAGCCAGGCCGUCCAGUCCCUCAUCUUCCUACCACAGGAGCAUCUCAAAGCAUUUGAGAAGUACACCAAGACGCUACUGCAGAGCGAUGCAAGCCCGAUGACGAGUUUCUACUAUAACAUGCUCGCGAUCUCGUCCACCACCACUGCAGUACUCACAGCGCUGAAUCGUCCAUCCACACUUAUUUCCCAAAUGUCAACGACGCAGAAGGCGAUCGAUCGCCACAGCCUCUCUUUCCGGCGCUCAGACCGCUGGCCCCUGGGUCUACUUGACGACGCUCGCCACCGUAUUCAACGCGAUGCAGCGGAGAAGAUGGAUAAGAGCCUCAAUGAGCUGGAUGGACUAGGGCGAGAGUUGCGGUAUACGCAGCAGGUUGUUGCGGGGGAGCUGGCGGCUUGGCAAGAGCAGCGGGUUGCGAUGGGGAGGAAGGCGUGUCGGGAGUUGGCGCUCAAGAUGGUGGUCACGGAGCGGGCGAGGUUGGAGAGCAUGAGGAGGGCGCUGAGGGGGCUGGGGCUUGGGGAGGGAAGGCCGGAGAGGGGGAGAAGGAGGGAGAGGAGUGAGCGGGUGGUGGCAAAGCAGAGUGGGCAGGUGGUGGCACAAGCUAAUGGGAGUGCCCCUUGAGUGAGCGAAAGGGUAUGCAUUUCGCACAUGAUCUUCGAUUGUAUAGAUAUAAGGUGAGGUGUUUAGGGUACCGGGCGUUUUUUGGGGGAUCUUAGGCGGAUGGUGGGAAAGUUCUUGAGAUUGGGUCAGCACCUGGACUGGGCUGGUAGUUGUAGGUUUUUAAUAUUAGUAUGGAUGCUUGAGAGCGAGUAGGCUCUUGGUGUACCUCUUUGAAACGGCAUGUUGCAAAGAGUCACCGAUUUGACCACGUGAAAUCGGCUGGUUAGAUACUGCAAAGAGGUGGCAUUCAAUUGAGCCACCGCUUUGGUCAAUUAUGUUACAAACACUUUCCAAUCUAAC